AAUGACCAAAGCUUCUACAGUUGGCCCCCAGGAAGAUGCUGCCACAGCCGGCAGCAGCAGCAGAAGCAGCAGCAACAACUCUUGUAGCAACAUCGGCAACAUCAGCAUCUGCCACAACUGCAGCAGCAUCAGCUAGGAAUGGCCAGCGACGUCGCGUGGCAGCAGCAACAAACGGCUGCAACAGCAUCAGCAACGGCAACAGCAACACCUGCACCACCAGCAACAUCAGCAACAGCAACGCGAAGAUCAAAAACAGCAACAACAAAUCCAGCAACAGAUUAAGUCAAAUGCAUUCCAACGAAGAGCCGCCCAUGACGGUGAUCGUCGAUUCUGGCGGCGGAACCGCAACCGGAAGUGCCGCUGGCAGUGGCCAUCGGUUGCGGAAAACCAGUUCCUCCAGUGCCAAUGCCAAUGCGAAUGCGAAUGCGAAUGCGAAAUCCAUACCAGCCAGAUCGCAUCGUCAGCCCUCGAAUGCCUCAGGAUCGGCAGACUCCAGGCGGCGCUAUCAGGGAAAGGAACGUCAAGAGCGCCAGGAUCGUCACGAUCGUAAUGACCGCCAUGACCGUCAUGAUCGUCAUGACCGUCACGGGCGGCCGGAGCAGGUGCCUCGCCGGCGCACUGGCCGUCGUCACAGUGGCGCCUCUUCGCUCAGCGAUGCCACCGCCACCGCAGCCGCCGCCGCAGCCUCAGGACAUGGACAUGGGCGUGGACGCAGCCGCAGUCGCAGUCGUAGCGGCGCCAUUAGCUCCUCCACCGCAUCCAGCUGCAAUGGUAGCUGUAGCUCCGACGAUGGUGACUCCUCGCACACCUCGGAUUCCAGCUCGUCGAGCUCAUCCGGCGAACCGAACCUUCCCUAUCCAGGCUUCCCCGAGAUCUCCAUGAAGGCGCUGACGCAGUAUACCCGGCCGCGCAACUGGUGCCUGAUGCUCAUCACCAAUCCGUGGUUCGAGCGCGUCUCCAUCCUGGUCAUCCUGCUCAACUGCAUCACCCUGGGCAUGUACCAGCCCUGCGUGGACGAUGCCUGUGUCACGAAUCGCUGCAAGAUCCUUCAGAUCUUCGACGACAUCAUCUUUGCCUUCUUUGCCCUGGAGAUGACCAUCAAGAUGGUGGCCAUGGGCAUGUGCGGCAAGAACACGUACCUGGCGGACUCCUGGAACCGCCUCGACUUCUUCAUCGUCCUGGCCGGCCUGCUGGAGUACGUGAUGCAUGUGGAGAACCUCAAUCUGACCGCCAUCCGGACGAUACGUGUGCUGCGUCCCCUGAGAGCCAUCAAUCGCAUACCCAGCAUGAGGAUCCUGGUGAUGCUGCUGCUGGACACGCUGCCCAUGCUGGGCAAUGUCCUGCUCCUGUGCUUCUUCGUGUUCUUCAUCUUCGGGAUCAUCGGCGUACAGCUGUGGGAGGGCAUCCUGCGGCAGCGCUGCACCAUGGAGCGGCCCGACGGACUGGUCUAUCCCAUCACGGGACUACCUGAAGUGUACAGAGUUCGAGUCCGUGUUAACUCCGUGUCGCAGUACUAUGAAUUCUCCAAGGAUCAAGACUACAUCUGCUCCACGCCCAACGACUCGGGUAUGCAUCUCUGUGGCAACUUUCCGCCAUAUCGCAUCGGCUCACUGGUCUGCAAUGAGGAGGCCAAGUUGUUUGACUUGAAUGAGCCGACGAACACGUCCUGCGUCAACUGGAACCAGUACUAUACCAUCUGUAUGCCGAAAGGCGAGAAUCCCUUUCAGGGCACGAUUUCGUUUGAUAACAUCGGUAUGGCCUGGGUGGCCAUAUUUCUGGUCAUCUCACUGGAGGGCUGGACGGACAUAAUGUAUUACGUGCAGGAUGCGCACAGCUUUUGGGAUUGGAUCUACUUUGUGCUGCUGAUUGUGAUUGGUUCGUUUUUCAUGAUCAACCUGUGCCUGGUCGUCAUUGCCACACAAUUUUCGGAGACUAAGAAGCGGGAAAUGGAGCGGAUGCGACAGGAGCGGGCACGGUACACCUCCACAUCGACCUUGGCCAGCAGCACGAAUAACUCGGAGCCGGCCACCUGUUAUGCGGAGAUCGUGAAAUAUAUUGCUCACCUGUGGCGGCGCUUCAAGAGACGAAUGUUAAAGAAGUACAGAUUAUAUAAGUACCAGCGACAGCAGCGCAAGGAGGGACUCCUCCCCAAUGCCGAUAAUUUGACCUUUUCGCCGUCGCGUAUCAAGUGCCACCAUCCCAAGUGCCCCAAGUACAGUAAUCGCAAGCCGUCCAGCAUUCAGGAUCAGAUGAUUACCGUUAUGGUGCCGCUUAAUUCGGCUAGCAGUCACAACAACAACAAUAAUAACAACAAUAAUAGCAAUCACAAUGGCCACAACAAUGGCGGUGGUGGGAAUAACAGCAACAAUAAUAACAGUGGUCCCAGCUGUACAACCGUGGCACUGGUUAAUGGUAUCAAUGGUAGUGCAGCCAGUGUGACCAUGUCCUCGGCACACCACCAACAGCAUUUGCAGCAACAUCAGCAGCAGCAACAGCAGCAACAGCAGCAGCAGCAGCAUCAGCAGCAGUUGCACUCCUCCUCGGACAACACGGAGCAAUCGUUGGCUCCCGAUGGAUUGCCCCGAAGCUCCUCCCUGAAGAAAUCCAACUCGGGAUCCGGUUCGGCUCACCAUCAACUAAAGCCGGAGGGUAGUGCUGCCGAGCAGAAGACAAUACUACUCAAGUUCCCUCAGCAAAUGAUCGACUCUGAUCAGUUAAUUCUGCAGUUGGGAAAUUUAGGCAAGAAUCACCCGUGCACCUCGGGCUUCCUCAGUCCGCCCACCUCGGCCAGUCGCCGGCCCUCGGUGAUGUUCAACGAGUAUGUGCUCCUGCACACACCGCCUGCCCUCAAUGCGGAUCCAGUGGUGACAGCGGUGGGCAGUGGCUCCUCCGGUGCGGCUACCACAGUGGCCACCGUGGCAGGAACGGCGGCAGCUGCAGCAGCAGCAGCAGCAGCGGCUGCAGCAGCGGCGGCAUCCAACACCACCGGCGGUGGAGGCAGCAACAACAAUCAGAAUGGAGCCAAUGGUGGUGGAGUCAGCGGUGGCGGACCAAGCGCCAGUGGAACUACAGAGAAGAGCAACAAUAUCUUUUCCACCGAGAAAAUGACCCAGGCUGGCGAUGGUAGCAUCUGGCAGGUGAAUCUACCGCAAACCAUCGGCACUAUUGCUAAUCCCUAUGCCGAUUGCUCUGAGCUGGGCAUUCACGAUGCCAUGACUUGCCAGGAGCUACUGGCCUUCUCUGUGGCCUUCUCGGCGGCCCUGCCCACGGGUCAGAGUACCCUGGAGUCCUUCUACACAUCCCUGGCUCGCUGUGAUCCCCACACCGCAGAGGCUUUGAAGGCACACCACAAGCCACGAUCGCUGACUGCUGGCCAGAAUCAGACGGGCCAGACUUCUGCCGAAGGUGGAGUGGUGGCCACAACGGGUACGGAAACUGCCCAGAGUCUGGAGCCUGCUACCGUGUCGGCCGUUGUUGUGCCCGGUGAGACCCAGACCGCCAACCAUCGGCGCAAGGAGCACCAUCAUCAGCAGCAAUCGCAUGGCUCCCAUCAUCAUCAUAAUAAUAACAAUACAACCAGUCAUAGCCGAAAUACUGGCAGUCGGGCCAGGCAGGCACAUUCGCAGUCCCGUGGACGGGACAGCCAUGCUCCCACCGGCAACUACAUGGAGGAUUAUGCCUGCUGCUAUGAUCUCUACCAGAACGCUCUGUCGCCGCUGGAUGAGCGCGGCCAGCGUCAUAGGUCACCGACAACGCGAUGCCUGAUCGCAGUGUAUCGAUGCCUGUCGAGGGUCUGCAGUUGGGUGCGUCGCUACAUUCGUCGUCUGGUGGAGCACAAAUACUUUCAGCAGGGCAUCCUGCUGGCUAUCCUGAUUAAUACGCUGUCCAUGGGCAUUGAGUAUCACAACCAGCCGCCAGAGCUAACCGCCAUUGUGGAGACGAGCAAUGUUGUCUUCUCCGGCAUCUUUGCCGUGGAAAUGUUGCUCAAGGUGGUGGCCGAGGGUCCGUUUCGGUAUAUUGCCAACGGGUUUAAUGUCUUUGAUGGCAUCAUUGUGAUCCUUAGUGCCAUUGAGAUAUGCCAACAGUUUGUGGGCAAUGGUACCGGCGGCGGUGGCUCCGGUCUGUCCGUGUUAAGGACUUUCCGGCUGCUUCGCAUCCUAAAGCUGGUCCGAUUUAUGCCCAAUCUGCGGCGCCAACUGUUCGUGAUGUUGCGCACCAUGGACAAUGUGGCUGUCUUCUUUUCCCUGCUCGUCCUUUUCAUCUUUAUAUUCAGCAUACUCGGCAUGUAUCUGUUUGGCGGUAAGUUUUGUAAAUUUUUGGACGAAUCCGGACUCGAACGCGAGUGCACGUGUCCCGAAAUAAUCAGCCGACAUCCGCAAUGCGAGUGCGAUCGCAAACACUUCAACAACAUAUUAUGGGCCACAGUCACAGUAUUCCAAAUUCUAACGCAAGAGGAUUGGAACGUCGUGCUGUUCAACGGAAUGGAAAAGACAAGUCAUUGGGCCGCAUUGUACUUUGUGGCCCUAAUGACAUUCGGCAAUUAUGUGCUCUUUAAUUUAUUGGUGGCCAUUUUGGUUGAGGGAUUCAGUUCAGAGCGAAAUGAACGUCGCGAGCGCGAACAGCGCGAGUUGGUUAAGAAACUGCGCGAGGAGACGCUGGCCGAGAACUACAGCGAUGGUAUGUACGAUGAGUCCCGGAGCGAGGCCGACUCCUCGACCACCAAUGACAGUUACUAUGAGGUGCGCAACCGCUGGCGCUCGGCGGAGGAUGUGCGCAAGCUGCAGGACUCCGCGGAGCUGAUAAUCGAGGCCAAGAGCAACGUGCACCGCCAGCGCCUGCUGCAGCCCAGCCAGGAUUAUCAGAUCAACGAACUGCCCGCCUCAUCUGCUACGCCUCCGGCCGCCUCCGCUGGCGAGAGGGAGCGGGACAGGGAUCGAGAUCGGGAUCGGGAUCGAGACCGUGAUCGAGACCGGGACAGAGAGGCGGGUGGCAAGCUGGGCCCGCUAGAGGAAGGUGCUCAUGGAAAGUCGCGCGGCGGCCUCAAAAAGACAUACUCCAUCAAGGACCGGCGCAGUGAGUCCGGUGCAUCGCGUCUCUCCAAGAUGCGACUGGUGCGGGAUCCGCCGAUUAUAACCACCACGGCGGCCACGCCGCAGGAUUCGCCCAGCACCACCCUGGAGCCGGGCAUGAGCUUCCGUCAGUGGGGCGACGUUGAGCCGCAGCCACCGCCAUCUCCCACGCUGCUGAGACCGCCAAAUAUCUUUAGUGGCGGCCAGCGCAGUCUGGACGAGGGCAUACCCUCCAUCGAUCUCAUCCCGCCGUCACCGGUGCUGGCCCACAAGCCCCUAAACAUACUGAAUGCCAGCCAGCUGGGUAUGGGCAUGGGCAUGGGUAUGGGCGUGGGCUCCGGAGCGGGAGGCAGCGGAGCCUGCAGCUCGACCAGCAUGCACAGUGUGAUCAUCGAUGAUAUCUCAAAGAGCUCCAGUUCGACGGCGGCUGCCACGCCCAUCUAUGUGCCCACCAUCUCGUCCACGGCGGAGGCGCAGAGUCAGAGCCACAGUCUCAACGAUGUGAGCGUGGGCCCGAGUCCCUGCUCCGGUGGCACUGGAGCUUCCACCAGCGGCAGUUCCUCAAGCGAGCGCCUGCCUCUGGCUCCGCCGCCUGCCCAGCAACAGCUGUCCACUGGCAGUGGUAGCUUUAAGCAGCGCUUCCGUCGUAGCAGCUCUAAGAAGCGUCGCCCACAGCCUGGCACAUCCUCGACCCUCGAAGAUGGCCAGGCCCAGAUGCAGGAGGAGGAGGAGGAGCAUCAGCAGCAGCAGCAUCCUCAUCAUCAUCACCAUCUGAAUAAUGGCAGCGACAAUAGCUGCCUGUUGCGCAGCGGCAACAUGGCAAUGGCGGGCACCUCCUCCUCGUCGGCCCUGGGUACCAAGGAGACCAACCGUCUGAGUCCCCAGAACUCAAUCCGUCGGCUGUCCAACACUCUGAGCAUCGGCAGCGGCCCCGUCGGGGCCUACGGAGCUGGCAGCCGGCGCGCCUCGGCCUGCAUCUUCAACUCACAGGUUUACCAGAACCUCAAUCAGCCGCCCAAACUGAGACCCGGAUCGGGACAGCGUCGGAUGAGCUCCAUUGAGCUGGCAUUCAGCAAGACCUCGCAUUUGAAUCUACACAAUCUGGAGGCCAAUCGAAAGUCAUUGUCAUACACGAACUCCAAGAUGGACCUAGACAAGUGGAACAAGUCGUAUGGCAAUCUCAAUGAUCCGGACAACAUGCUGCAGCAGUAUAUGGAGGCGCGGGAUAAACGCAAGAACUCCAUCAGUCACUACAAUCUGAAGAAGCGGCUCGAGGAGAAGGAACUGCAGCAGCUGCAGCAGCUCCACCAGCAGCAGCUGCUCCAGCAACGGCAGGACUCCUUCUCCUCGGCAAGUCCGCAGCAGCAGCAGCAACAGCAACAGCAGUAUCAGCAAUCCGGCGGCCACCGCUUGUCCAAGGAUCAGCAGCAGCAGCUGGCGAUGCAGCCACAUUCCAUUUCCAUGGUGCCACAUGGUGGCGAGCGAGUCUCGAAACUGAGAAUGCUCAUCGAGCAGCUCACGCCAAAGCAUUUUACCACCGAGCGCGAGGACUACUCGCUAUACAUAUUCCCCGAGGACAAUAGGUUCCGGCAAAUCUGUACGUGGUUCGUCAACCAAAAGUGGUUCGACAACGUGGUCCUGCUCUUUAUUGCGCUCAACUGCAUCACCUUGGCGAUGGAAAGACCAAACAUCCCUCCAACCAGCACCGAAAGAUUGUUCCUGGCCACAGCCAAUUACGUGUUCACCGUUGUCUUCACCGUCGAAAUGUUCAUCAAGGUGGUGGCCACUGGCAUGUUUUAUGGCCACGAUGCCUACUUCACCUCCGGCUGGAAUAUAAUGGACGGAUCUUUGGUUACCAUUUCCAUAAUUGAUUUGUUAAUGUCCCUGAUUAGCGAAUCGAGUCCAAGGAUAUUUGGGAUUUUAAGGGUGUUUCGACUACUCCGAUCCUUGCGGCCGCUGCGGGUGAUCAACCGCGCCCCGGGUCUGAAACUAGUCGUGCAAACGCUCUUAUCGUCCCUGCGUCCCAUCGGCAACAUCGUCCUGAUCUGCUGCACCUUCUUCAUCAUCUUUGGGAUCCUAGGCGUGCAGCUAUUCAAGGGCACCUUCUACUACUGCGAGGGCGAGAAUAUCAAGGGUGUGCGCAAUGCGGACGAAUGCCGUCGCAUCCCUGGCAACGUUUGGACGAACCGGAAAUACAACUUUGACGAUCUGGGCAAGGCGCUAAUGUCCUUGUUCGUCCUUAGCUCCCGCGACGGCUGGGUAAACAUCAUGUACACUGGACUGGAUGCCGUUGGCGUUGAUCAGCAACCGAUUGUCAAUUACAACGAGUGGCGACUGCUCUACUUCAUUGCCUUCAUCCUGCUGGUGGGCUUCUUUGUCCUGAACAUGUUCGUGGGCGUUGUGGUGGAGAAUUUCCAUCGGUGUCGCGAGGAGCAGGAGAAGGAGGAGAAGAUCCGGCGGGCGGCCAAGCGGGCAUUGCAAAUGGAGAAGAAGCGCCGGCGAAUGCAUGAGCCACCAUAUUAUACCAACUAUACGCCCACCCGGAUGUUCGUUCACAAUGUGGUCACGUCCAAGUACUUUGAUUUGGCCAUUGCCGCUGUCAUCGGUCUGAAUGUGGUCACCAUGGCCAUGGAAUACUAUCGGAUGCCCAAUCCAUUGAAGUAUGCCCUGAAGAUCUUCAAUUACUUCUUUACGGCGGUAUUCAUACUGGAGGCAAACAUGAAACUGGUGGCCCUCGGCUGGAAGCUGUAUCUCAAGGACCGCUGGAACCAGCUGGACGUGGGCAUCGUUCUGCUCUCCAUCGUGGGCAUCGUGCUCGAGGAGCUGGAGACCAAGAUUAUACCCAUUAACCCGACCAUCAUACGGGUGAUGCGCGUGAUGCGCAUUGCUCGUGUCCUCAAGCUGCUCAAGAUGGCCAAGGGCAUACGGGCACUGCUGGAUACCGUGAUGCAGGCAUUGCCCCAGGUGGGCAAUCUGGGAUUACUCUUUUUCCUGCUGUUCUUCAUCUUUGCAGCGCUGGGCGUGGAGCUAUUCGGGCGACUCGAGUGCUCCGAUGAGAUACCGUGCCAGGGGCUCGGCGAGCACGCGCACUUCGCCAACUUUGGCAUGGCUUUCCUCACAUUGUUUCGCGUAGCGACUGGCGACAAUUGGAACGGCAUCAUGAAGGACACGCUGAGGGAUAAUUGCGAUGACGCGGCCGAUUGUGUACGCAAUUGCUGCGUCAGCUCGGUUAUUGCUCCCAUAUUCUUUGUGAUAUUCGUGCUAAUGGCGCAAUUCGUGUUAGUGAACGUCGUCGUGGCUGUACUGAUGAAACACCUCGAGGAGAGCCACAAGCAAAUGGAAGACGAGCUCGACAUGGAGGUGGAGCUCGAGCGCGAGCUGGUGCGCGAACAGGAGUUCGCCCAAGAGCAGAAGCUGUGCCAGCAGCUGGCGGAGGCGCAAUCCAAGGCGGCCGCUCCCCCGCGUCCCCUAGCCAAGGUCAAGUCGCUCCCCAAGAACUUUAUCUACAGUACACCAUCGUUGGACAAAAAGUUCCCAGCCUCAUCACUGGUGGGCGCCAAUCCCAGCUCGAGCCUGACCAGCUCAGCGGCCACGAAUAUCAACCAGGCAGCGGGAGCGACUGCUGUCGGCACCGGAACGGGAGCGGGUACUGGAGCUGGAGCCCGUCGCCAAACCGUUCAAUACUUCAACCAGCCACAGACUGUCCUCGGCCUGAGUCUGGCCGAGAUGGGCGGCACGCUGACGCCUCAGGCGCUCGGCGCCCGGUUGGGUGAGCCCUUCGGCGGCCCAGCGACGGCGACGGGAGGUGGAACGGGCGAACUGCCGGCUGGUGGCGGUGCCGGCCUCCCAUUGCCGCCGCUGGAUAGUCGCCGCCGCGGGCGUCGCGCCUCCGCGGCCGCCGGCUUCCGCAAGCGCGGCGUGCUGUCCAAGGAGCGCUCGCUGGACGAGCAGGCCAUCCGACGACGCAACCUGGAGGCCAAGCGCACCAGCUGCGACUCGCUGCCCUGGGGCGGAGACGCCCUCGACUAUAGGCGCGGCACCAUCUUCGAGAGCCUCGAGUCGUCGGACGGCGGUGUGCAGUCCGCGGUACCCUACGACAUACGCAGUGUGCGCAGCGCGGAUGUGGGACAUCUGGACAACACCUCGGAGAGCGAGACCCUGGCCGUGGUUAGCUCGCUGGUGGCCACACCGGUCACACCGCUGCCCCUGCCAUUGCCACUGCCACUGCCUCCGACCCAGUCUCUGGCCACGCCCACGCCCACGCCUCCUCCGAUGGCCAUAACAAUGCCCAUGGAGCUGCCAUUGCCAUCGACGAUGCCCAUACCGAUGCCUAUGCCCAUGCCCUUGGCCCCACGACGACCCUUUGGCUGGUCGCAGUCCGUCGAUCAGGGUUGCAUGCGGAGCAGCCUCCUCCUGUCCGUGCCCCGGUCCAUGCCGCCGCGCAGCCGCAGCGGCAGCACCAAGCAGCUCUUCAAGCAACAGGCCCUCGACGAGGAUGCUGACAUGGACGAGAGCUCACUGCUGCUACCCGUGGCUGGAUCUGCAGGUUCGGGAUCCGGCUCGGGUUCCGUUUCCGGUUCGGUGGCUGCCAUUGGCAGCGCCUCGUUGGACAUUAACGAUGCAAAGCCGCCGCCUUCGGAGGUGUCCGGAUUGAGCAAAUCCGAUUCGGCAGACAUCCUGCGGAUCAUCAGCGAGCGCCGGCGCAUGGACCAGCGGGAGCAGCAGGACAAUGAGACGGAGGACAGGGACAGUGACUACAAGGAGCUACUGUUGGUCAAGUCGCCGCAGUCCUCCAUGGACUAGAUCCUAGAUAUAUAUAUAUAUAUAUACACUUCCACUGUCCUUGAAAACUAUAAAUAUGUAUGUAAUGUAUGUAGUCCAGGCUGGGGGGAAUCCCAGUCCUGGCUCCCACCACACACACACACACACAUUAGGAAAAUACUUUAGGGAGCUUUCAAGAGAAUGAAACAACAACUAAAAUUAUAGGUAAUAGACGAUAAAAGAGCAUGGAGAAAAGGAAAAUAAACACAUGUAAUGUUCAAUUGAUAGCAAAUACAACUUAAAACGAUAAAUGGUAAAACUACUCUUAGCCAGAAAGAAAAAAACGGAAAAUAAAAUGAAAGAAUUGUAAAAGUAAAAAGUAAAACGUAAAAGCAUAAGUAAAGAUAUGCAAGUAAGCUAAAUUGACAACUGUUUUUAGUGCAAUCCUAUGGUUUUCAUAACUUUAACAAACCAGAACUUAUAAGAACAAAAAACUAUACGAAGUCAGGUGGCAGAUUAGCUAAGUUUCAAGUUGAUUAGAGUGUUUUCCGUUUCAAGUAGCAGCCGAGAUUACCAAAAACAACAAAAAAACGAUGUCGAUGAUGAUUAUAUACAAGUGUUAUAUGCGAUUUACAUAUAUACAGAUAAAUAUACAUACAUAAAUACUUAUAGCGAUACUGCAUACAUACAAAAAACAUGAUGGAAAUUUGUGAACAAAGAAUCAUCAACUCUGUGAUUAGCUCUUAAAGUUUAAACCGUUUAUAUACGAUACACCGGAACACGAUCUGUAUAUAUAGGAGGCCUGUAUGUAUGCAUAUGUAUUUGAGUGUAUUUUAUGUAGGAGAAAACCCUAAAGCAGAAGCAGAAAUCAGAAGAGAGAAAGCAGAAAGUAUAAAACAGAAAGCAGAAUUGAUAAGCAAUAGAAAAACUGUAGCUCAUAAGAUCGUACCUAAUCUAAUCUAAAAAUGAGAAAACAAAAUGGCGUUCUUGGCGCCGGAAAUGCGGUAUUUGGGGGGGCAGAACAUGGACCUUGUGCAAACGAAUUUACUUAGGUACUUAAACACACAGAAAUACUGGAACACCCGUACAGAUAGCUAUUACGAUCUGGUCGACAAUCUUUGCUCACCUCUCUCUCUCACACUAUCUGUCUAUCUCUAUCUCUCACCAAAGGCUUCCAAAAUCUCCAGACUCUAGAUCCCCUGACCCCACAAAAUCAGUGCCAAGGCCAAGGAGUUCAAGAAGUUGUUUUUUUUUUUAAUAUAUAUAUAUAUAAACACAGUAUAAUUCUCAGAUUAUAAAAAUGAAUACUUGAACUUGAACAUGAAAAGGAUGAACUUAAAAAGGUAGCAUUUAUAAAAAACAAAACCCAGAGAAAUAGUAGAAACUUAAAGAUUAAUAUUUAAUGACUAUAUAAAGUGUAUAUAUGGAACUAUCAACGAAUUACAAUAGAGAGUAUUUCUAGGCACUUGAAUGCAGCAUGCGUCAGCUAAGAGGAAAUAGAAAACAAAGUAGAACAAGACAAGGAUUAUAUAUAGAUUUAGAUCAGUGGUCGGCAUACAUCCCUAUAUCCUGCAGGCAUGCGGAAAAUUUCGGGUUCUUUUUUCCCCACAUCGUGUGCCGAGCUGGUGUCGAGCACUGAUCUAGAUUAAGAUUAACACUAACUUAACACUGUCAAUUUUUUAAAAAACAUGAUCUAAGCUAAUUUUUCAAAAAAGGAAACCCCUGGGACAAGGAAAGAAAGGACAACAAUUUUACACUCUUUGUACACACUGUUACUGUUACUGUAGGAAAAACAAAAAACGAAAUGAAAUGAAACGAAAAGGAAACGAAGGAAGGGAAGGUAGGAGGUAAAGAAGAAUAGGAGCUAUCCAGUUUAGAUAAACUUUAAAAUCAAACUUAGCAAAAAUGAAAAAAACGGAUUCGGGCGAAAGCGAAGGAGGAACAAAUUUAAUUAUAUGAUAAUUUCAUCUGUGCCUUUCUCUAC